AUGUCUGCACACUACAAAACGGUCCUCGGAGCAGACCAGUUCUACGCCCUCAACGAGCCUGCCAUAGGCUCCGCUUAUCCGGACGACGUAUACCCUCAGAAUAUCAAACUGCCCAUCCUCUUCCAGCCGCUAACCUUAAGAGGCAUGACGUUCAAAAACCGUAUCUUCGUAUCACCGAUGUGUCAAUACAGCUCGGACAAUGGCCACGCCACCGACUGGCACUUUGUUCACAUCGGUGGUCUUGCGACACGAGGAGUGGGGGCAAUCUGCAUGGAAGCCACUGCAGUAGUACCGGAAGGGCGCAUAUCGCCCCAAGACGCGGGGCUCUGGACUGACAGCCAAAUUACCCCGCUAAAACGCAUCGUCAAUUUUGCGCAUGCUCACGGGACCCUCAUCGGCGUCCAGCUCGCUCACGCGGGAAGGAAGGCCUCGACAUACGCUCCGUGGGUCCACUCGGAUCCAGCCAAGACACACAAGGCAACGUCAUGGAUUGCACCAAAGGAAGAGGGCGGAUGGAUAGGCGAAGGCACGCCAUAA